AUGCCGCGUACAACGACGGUGGAGAGUCCCGGUUGCCCUCCAUUGAGAGCACUCACCACCGACGUUCUCGGCCUUGUCAAGGUUAUUGAGACACGGGGAGAGCAAAGUGGAGCUUCUGCGAAGGUAGUGGAGAGAUGGGGUGACCCGGAUUCCUCCAAAAGCGUGCUUGCUGCUUCGAUUCUGGACCGAAAGAAAGACCCUCUGCUGGGUGUUGCACGAAAAAGUGGCUUGAUAGAGGUGAUUAGUGUUAUAAAUGGGGAUCUUCGUCUUUCCAUUCCUAAUGUCUGUCAAGAUGGAACUAGACCUGAGGAUGAUUCCAUCGUCGGAUUGCAUUUGUUCAAAAAGCAGAGAUCAGAGUCAUCAACAAGGUCAUGCACAUUGCUUACAUGCACUACAAAAGGAUCUGUAAGAAUAGAAUCUUUUGAGGACAUCAAAUCUCCAGCAGAUUCUAUCCGUGAUCCUUCUCCAACAACGUGGAAUGCAUGUAGAUCGGGUAGUAUAUUGUGUUCGAAAAUGGAAGAACAUGAAAACUACGCUUUGUUUGGAGGGAAGGGUGUUGAAGUCAAUGUAUGGGAUCUUCAGAAGUGCACUAAAAUCUGGACCGCAAAAUCUCCCCCUAAAAACAGCCUUGAUAUAUUUACCCCAACGUGCUUUACAUCUGCAACAUUCUUAAGUAAAGAUGAUCAUCGUAAGUUUGUGGCAGGCACCUACUGUCAUCAGGUUCGUCUUUAUGAUAUUUCUGCUCAGAGAAGACCUGUUAUGUCAUUUGAUUUCCGAGAGACCCCUAUUAAGGCUGUUGCGGAGGAUCUUGAUGGACAUACAGUAUAUAUAGGAAAUGGCUCAGGUGACCUUGCUUCUGUAGACAUACGCACAGGGAAACUGUUGGGAUGCUUCAUCGGAAAAUGCUCUGGAAGUAUUAGAUCCAUAGCCAGGCACCCAGAACUUCCCAUAAUUGCCUCAUGUGGGUUGGACAGUUACUUGCGCAUUUGGGACAUUCAUUCAAGGGAACUUCUGUCUGCGGUUUUCUUAAAGCAGCAUCUCACCAAUGUUGUUUUUGAUUCUCACUUUUGUACUCGAGAUGUUGCUGGUUCUGCUCCUGAGCCACAAGAUGUGAAAAAGGUACCUUGCCAAGACGAAGAUGAGGCUAUGCCCACAAAAAGGAAAAAGACGUCUAAAGGGCACGGGGACAGUCGAAGCAAGAAACCGAAAUCCAGGAAAACUAGCAAGGAGAAUUAA